AGAUUUCAUACAUCUUAUGGAAGCUUUUCGAAAACUGAGUUCACCGAAAGAUAUGGCCCAGUUCACUGAGUUGAUUCCGGGUUUGCCUGAAGAAAUCGCUCUCGAGUGCUUCACUCGGUUGCCUUACACAUCUCACCGAGUCGCCGCCCAGGUUUGCCGUCGAUGGGGGGAGCUUCUUCAGGGCAAGGAGUUCUACUACCGCAGAAAGCAAACCGGAUUCACCCACAAAGCAGCUUGCUUGGUUCAAGCGCUCCCUGUUCUGUCCGAAUCCGAUGGGCGAAAACCGGUCCGACCACCGAGUUAUGGGAUUUCAGUUUUUGAUUCGGUGAGUAGGACUUGGGAGCGAAUCGCUCCGGUUCCCAAGUAUCCAGAUGGGCUUCCGUUGUUCUGCCAGGUGACAAGCUCGGAGGGCAAGCUCGUGGUGAUGGGUGGCUGGGACCCCGAGAGUUACGACCCCGUAAAAGAUGUGUUUGUCUACGAUUUCACCACUCGGCGGUGGAAGCAAGGCAGGGACAUGCCAUCGAAGCGUUCGUUCUUCGCCGCGGGAGAACUGGAAGGGCGGAUCUUCGUUGCCGGCGGCCACGACGACAGCAAGAACGCGCUGAGCACCGCCUGGGUAUACGACGUGAGGAGGGACGAGUGGAGUGAGUUGACCCGGAUGAGCGAUGAACGAGACGAGUGCCAAGGUGUCAUAAUCGGGUCCGAGUUCUGGGUGGUUAGCGGUUACGGCACCGAGAGCCAAGGAGGGUUCGUGAAAAGCGCCGAGUCUCUCGAUCUGGAAACCGGUCGGUGGAACCGAGUCGACGAGGCGUGGGGGACAAAUCAGUGUCCGAGGUCGUGUGUCGGUGUGGGUAAAGAUGGGAAGCUGUUUAGCUGGGCCGAAUCGGACACGGCGGUGGGCGUGGGGGCUUGUGCAGUCGACUUAGGAGACUGGACACUUUUGACCGGCUCGGCUUACCAGGGUGCACCACAAGGGUUCUUUUUGGUGGAGAGAAAGGAAGGACAAAAUGGGAAAUUGGAGAGAAUAGAAGUGGGGGAUGGAUUUUCGGGAUUUGUACAAUCAGGGUGUUGCGUGGAGAUCUGACGGCGGAGGCAGUCACUAGUCUGUAUGUAUUUUCCUGUUUCUGUUUUGGCUUACAAGUCAACUGAGUUAAUGUAUAAUGGGCUCUUUGUUGGAAGUUUUGUUGGAUUGAGUUGCUUGAAUACAAUAUCGUCAUAUACGGGCGGCCUAAAUCAAAAUUUGGGCCCUUGUCCGCAAA